GGGGCCGGUGCUCACCCUGGUAACAGCACCGCUGCGGGGCCGCGCCCUGCCCAGGCCUCCCCGCAGCACCCCCGCCCCCGCGCCAUGCAGGGCGAGGACGUCCGGUACCUCAAGAGGAAGGUAAAAGGAGGCAACAUAGAUGUGCAUCCGUCUGAGAAAGCCCUCAUUGUCCACUAUGAGGUGGAAGCAACGAUUCUGGGAGAGCUGGGAGACCCCAUGCUGGGGGAGCGCAAGGAAUGUCAGAAAAUCAUUCGGUUAAAGAGUCUUAAUGCAAACACAGACAUCGCUUCCCUGGCUCGAAAGGUGGUUGAAGAAUGCAAACUCAUUCACCCCUCCAAACUUGCAGAUGUAGAACAGCUGUUGUACUAUUUGCAGAAUCGCAGAGAUGCCUCAGCAGGAAAAGAAAAGAAAGAGAAAUCCAAUAAGCCAAAAGAUCCACCCCCAUUUGAAGGAAUGGAGAUUGAUGAAGUUGCCAAUAUCAAUGACAUGGAUGAGUACAUUGAGUUACUGUAUGAGGACAUUCCUGACAAAGUGCGUGGCUCUGCCCUCAUCCUUCAGCUGGCUAGAAAUCCUGAUAAUUUGGAAGAACUGCUUAUCAAUGAAACUGCCCUGGGUGCAUUGGCUAGAGUGCUGAGGGAAGACUGGAAACAAAGUGUGGAACUUGCUACCAAUAUAAUAUAUAUUUUCUUCUGCUUUUCAAGUUUUUCUCAAUUUCAUGGAAUAAUCACACACUACAAAAUUGGAGCUCUGUGUAUGAACAUCAUAGACCAUGAACUGAAGAGACAUGAGCUUUGGCAGGAAGAACUUGCUAAGAAGAAGAAAUCUGUUGACGAAGAUCCUGAAAAUCAAACUCUGAAAAAGGACUAUGAGAAAACUUAUAAGAAAUAUCAAGGGCUGGUUGUCAAACAGGAGCAGCUCCUCAGAGUUGCCCUUUACCUGCUCCUGAAUCUUGCUGAGGAUACUCGCACCGAGCUGAAGAUGAGAAACAAGAAUAUUGUCCAUAUGCUAGUCAAAGCACUGGAUCGUGAUAAUUUUGAGCUGCUUAUCCUGGUUGUAUCUUUCUUGAAGAAACUCAGCAUUUUUAUGGAGAACAAAAAUGAUAUGGUUGAAAUGGAUAUUGUUGAAAAACUUGUGAAGAUGGUACCCUGUGAACAUGAAGAUCUGCUGAACAUCACUCUUCGACUCUUACUAAAUCUCUCUUUUGACACAGGCCUGAGAAAUAAAAUGGUACAAGUUGGUCUGCUUCCCAAACUCACUGCACUUCUAGCAAAUGAAAGCUACAAACAAAUAGCCAUGUGUAUUCUGUAUCACAUCAGCAUGGAUGAUCGCUUUAAAUCAAUGUUUGCAUACACAGACUGUAUCCCACAGUUAAUGAAGAUGCUUUUUGAAUGUCCUGAUGAGCGAGUUGACCUGGAGCUUAUUUCUUUCUGUAUUAACCUUGCUGCUAACAAAAGAAAUGUACAACUUAUCUGUGAAGGAAAUGGUUUGAAAAUGCUAAUGAAGCGAGCUUUGAAAUUUAAGGACCCAUUGUUAAUGAAGAUGAUCAGGAAUAUUUCACAACAUGAUGGGCCAACUAAAAGCCUGUUUAUUGAUUAUGUUGGUGAUUUGGCAGCUCAAAUAUCAAGUGAUGAAGAAGAGGAAUUUGUGAUUGAAUGCCUGGGAACUCUUGCAAAUUUGACCUUACCAGAUCUGGACUGGGAACUUGUGCUGAAAGAGUACAAACUGGUUCCAUACCUCAAGGAUAAACUAAAACCAGGUUCUGCAGAAGAUGACCUUGUUUUAGAAGUGGUGAUAAUGAUUGGAACGGUUUCUAUGGAUGACUCUUGUGCCGCUCUACUGGCUAAAUCUGGAAUCAUCCCUGCACUCAUUGAUCUUCUGAAUGCUCAACAAGAAGAUGAUGAGUUUGUCUGCCAGAUUAUCUAUGUAUUUUAUCAGAUGGUCUUUCACCAAGCCACCAGAGAUGUCAUUAUCAAGGAAACCCAUGCUCCAGCAUAUCUUAUAGAUCUGAUGCAUGAUAAAAAUGCUGAGAUUCGCAAAGUUUGUGACAACACUCUGGAUAUUAUAGCGGAAUAUGAUGAGGAAUGGGCUAAAAAAAUCCAGAGUGAGAAGUUUCGAUGGCACAACUCUCAGUGGCUGGAGAUGGUGGAGAGUCGGCAGAUGGAUGACAGUGAGCAGUAUCUGUAUGGUGACGAUCGUAUUGAGCCCUAUAUCCAUGAUGGAGAUAUUCUGGAAAGACCUGACCUCUACUAUAAUGCAGAUGGCCUAAUAGCCCCCGAUGGAGCAGUGAGUCCAGAUUUCUUCAGUGAUUACCAUCUUCAGAAUGGAGACCUCAUUGGGCAGCAUCACUUCUCUAGCAGCGUGGGAGUUGAUGGAUUUGGUCAGUCCCCAGGGGUUCCUGGCCGCCCAGCCACCGCCUAUGGAUACCGCCCGGAUGAACCCUACUACUACAGCUACGGAGCACGAUAGGCCAGCCCUGGCUGCUGCUGCUGCCCUGAAGUGCAGCACCACAUCUGCCCCCUGGCAAUGCAUGACUGUACUAUGAUGAGUCUCUCUUUAUGUAUCCUUUGGUGUGUGUAGCUCCAGAUAAACCUAGCCUUUCUGUGUCCAGUGUUUUAGUGACAAUGUUUACUCUUUGGUUGCUCUGUUGUUUUUUUUAUUGUACAGUAUUUGCUCCAUGACUUGAAAGCAAGAAUUGGAAAGCUACUGGACUGGAAGGUGUCACGUUAUGUAUAUUAAGCUACUAAUUUAAUUUCUAUUAAAUAUAAAAACCUGUGUGGUCAGAA